AUGUCGUUCGCCAACGGUCCUCUACCUAACCCCAGUGGUCAACCCAACCGACCGAGCCUAACCCUAAACGUCGAUAACUACUGGGUCGAAGCAGAUGAGAUCCUCCAGCGCCUUUCAGAAACUCUGAAAGAGCGACCUGCAAUCGAAGAUCCAAACCGACGCGUUGAUACCGGCAUUUGGUGGGUGAAGAUCAUCUCCCUGCGCCUAAAGUUCAACUGGGUCAUAGACCGGUUCCAGCAGGAUCCCAGCAUCGGCCCUACUCUUCGUGCGAUGCUGCGCAGCUUUCUCAAAUUGAACCCGCUCGAGGAUAUCCUGCCUGAUGAGGAAAUGAGCAGCGAGAGUUUUCCUGCUGCUGACGAGCUACGCAACCGACUCAAGAGGCUUGUUGACACUGAGCCGAAAAACGACGAAGAGGCGGAGCAGAAGAGAAAGGAUAUAAUCGCCGAUGCUGCUCUUUACAUCUGGUUCUUGUCUCAGACCAAGGAGGAGUGUGAGAUGGAGAAGAGUGAGGGAGAUGUUGGGGGUCCUAGCCCCGAUGGCGUCCUUCGUGCCCAGGGCAAGAAAAAAGACAAUUGA